AUUCCACCAAAAAUGUGGUGAAUAUUGGGAAAGACUGCCAAACACAUUGACAGAAGUGGUUUGGCAGCACUGACGAAUUUCGAAGCGGAGAAAUAAAGUUCUUACAAACUAUGACUACAUAUGAACAAUUCAAAACUACGAACCCUUAAAGCAUCGACUUCUACCUAAAUCGUUAUCUAAAUAUCUGAAUUUGCAUUUAAUUGCUAAUAAAUAUUAAUACCGAAUGGGAUGGAUAAAGGGUGGCAACAUUUGAAUUAAUGAAAACAGCUGUCAAGGAGUUGACAUUUCCCAUGUUUUGGACGGUUUGUUGAAUUUGGCUCACACGUGUUUUUACGUUGGUGUUUUGUUAAUUUUAAUUAAUUUUUACCAAUUGAUUGUAUUAAAAACUAAAACACAAUGCAGCACGACGAUGUAGUGUGGAGUAUUAUAAACAAGUCAUUUUGUUCACAUAAAGUCAAAACCGAUACGCGCACGUUCUGUCGACAUGAAUACAAUUUAACCGGUCUGUGUACGCGCCGAACAUGCCCGCUGGCCAACUCACAGUAUGCUACAGUUCGCGAAGAAAAAGGUAUAAUUUAUUUAUACAUAAAGACUGCGGAAAGAGCACAUAUGCCAAACAAAUUAUGGGAACGAGUUAAACUAUCACGCAACUUUGAAAAGGCACUGGAACAGAUCAAUGAAAAUUUGGUGUUUUGGCCAAAAUAUAUGAUUGCGAAAAACAAACAACGGUUUUUGAAAAUUACACAGUAUCUAAUACGUAUGCGUAAACUUAAGCUACGACGACAGAAACUGAUAGUACCAUUAUCGCGUAAAAUCGAAAGAAGGGAAGCACGCCGAGAGAAAAAGGCUUUGAUAGCUGCGAAAAUUGAUAAUCAUAUUGAAAAAGAGUUGUUGGAGCGUUUAAAAACCGGCACGUACCAGGAUAUAUACAAUUUCCCACAAACUGCAUUCAAUAAAGCUUUGGAAGCAGAAGAAGUGGAAGAUGAAGAAGCGAGCGAGGAGGAAGAGCAAGAAAUCGAAAAAGAAAUGGAAGUUGACGAAGAGGUACGCCGUGAGUUGCUGGAUGAAGAAUUCGUGGAAGCCGAUUCCGAUGAUGAAGACGAUGCGGAUAGUGAUUCGGGAGAACGGGAAGAAAUUGAAGUGGAUAGCGAUUUCACUGAUUCAGAUAGUGAUGACGAUGCUGGCGAUAUUGAGGAUACAUCAGCUCCCGGUGCCUUUGUACGUGCUCCAACGAAAUCAAGUAAAGCGCCCUCUGACACGGCGAGCAGCAGUAAAGCAGCGGCACGACGAAGCAAAAAGUCUAAAGUGGAAAUCGAAUAUGAAAUGGAAAGUGAAACUGCUGCAGAGAGGCAAAGGCUACAUAACUAAGGUAUAUGUACGACGCUACGUCAACCUCCGAAUCCGUUUGUCGGUUGCUCCGGUAAAUUCUCGCUGUGCACGGGAAGUGAUUGCGUUAACUGUAGUAAAGCAUUUUUUUAAUCAAUUUAGUGGUAUAGUUAUGUAUGAAAUAAAAAUAUGACAAUUAAGUGCAAAAUGCAAAAAAUUGAUUGUUCAUCUGUAUUGGUCUCGUAUUAACAAUCUGUGUUAGUGCAUCGUACCGGUCAAAAACAAGUUUUCAUUUGAACUGCCUUAAUUGUGAGUACGUAUUUGUUAAUUACUCAGAACGAUAUUCAUUGUUAAUCACAAAACAGUGUAAGCAUGAGAAAAAAGCAAAAUAAAACAAAAACACCGAUUGAUGCUGACCUCAACGUUGUGAUCGCCUAAUUACAUACAUA